AUGUCUUCGUUAACGGGUUGCUAUUUUGAUCCUUCUGAACGAGUUGGUAAACUCAUCGAUAAUGGGUUGUUAGAGAUAACUCAUAUUCUCGGUGUAGGAGCAUAUGGGGUGGUUUAUUCAGCAAAAAAUGUAAUUAAUGAACGAGUUUAUGCUGUAAAAUGUAUGCCAAAAAUCGAUGCACGACAGCAUGGAUUACAUAUUACAGAGAUUAGUCUUCAUGCUCAACUUACCGGUCAUCCAAAUAUUAUUAGUUUAGAAAAAAUUAUUGAUACUGAAGAUUCUUUAAAUGUUGUUCUUGAAUAUUCUAAUGAAGGAGAUUUAUUCACAAUGAUCACGGAAAAAGGUUCAUAUCUUGGAAAUGACGAUCUUAUAAAACAAGUUUUUGUUCAAUUAUUGGAUGCUGUUCAGUUUUCACAUUAUAAUGGAAUUUAUCAUCGUGAUUUAAAACCAGAAAAUAUUCUUGUUUUUGAUGAUGGAAUGACUGUAAAACUUGCUGAUUUUGGUUUGGCAACAACAGAUGCUCGAUCAAAAGACUUUUGUUGUGGGUCAACUUUUUAUAUGAGUCCAGAAUGUCAAGGAGGGCUUUACGAGAGAGUAUCAAGUUAUGCAACAGCUCCCAAUGAUGUCUGGUCAUUGGGUAUUAUUCUAAUUAAUCUUGUUUGCGGUCGUAAUCCAUGGCAACAAGCUUCUCUUAGUGACGAAACAUUUUCUGCAUAUAUCCAAAAUCCUGAGUUUUUAAAGACUAUUCUCCCAAUUUCUGAUGAACUUAAUGAAAUUUUAAAUGAUGUUUUUGAACUCGAUCCUGAAAAGCGUAUAUCGUUGAGUGAAUUUAAAGAACGUGUUCUGGAAUGUGAUGAUUUUCUCAUGCCGGAAUAUGCAACGUUCUGUAAAAUGCUCGUUGAACAAGAAGAAAUUGAUAUAUCACCAGAAAUACCUGAAAUUUCACAUGAAAUGUGUAGUCAAUCUUCCACGUCUUCAGCAUGUUCAUGGCAUUCCAUGAAUUCGGAAAUGGAUUUCUCUGUUCCUCCAGCUGAAUUUUUAGAUGAUUACGAUAAUUGUUCUGAACCAACAAAUUCCACCCUUCUAUCAACAUUAGCUACCAAUCAACCUGACAUGAUUAAAUGUUUCGAUAAUGACCCAAUAAUUAGUUUGAAAUGUG